AUGAAUCGAGCUCUAUCCAUCCGGUCCCGCAAGAAGGACGACCAUGCCAAAGAGGCAUCUAAACAUACCUUUUCCAUCUCGACCCUCCGCGGCAUGCACCAGGCCGAGCUCUCCAAGAAACUCUUCAAGCUGAUCAAGACCGAGAACCACUGCAUCGAAGCCUAUGAGACCGCCGGUCGUGAACGCCUGUCCAUUGCCUCCCAGCUGUCCGACUGGGGCGAAGCCACCACCGAUGACGCCGUCUCGGACAUCUCGGACAAGAUUGGGGUCAUCAUGUCCGAGAUUGGAGAGCAGGAGGAUCUGUUUGCUCAGAAUCUGGAGGACUACCGCGCCAUUCUGAAGCAGAUCAGGAACAUCGAAGCCAGUGUGCAGCCAAGCAGGGACCAGAAGGUCAAAAUCAGCGAUGAGAUCCAAAAGCUCAAGUACAAGGAACCAUCUAGCCCCAAGUUGGUCACGCUGGAGCAAGAACUUGUGCGAGCAGAAGCUCAGAACUUGGUCGCUGAGGCUCAACUUACCAACAUCACGCGCCAAAAGAUCAAGGAAGCAUACGAUUUGCAUUUUGCCGCCACGAUCGAGCGCGCCGAGAAACAAAUCAUCCUCGCCAAAUACGGUCGACGCCUAUUGAACUUGUUGGAUGACACUCCUGUGGUACCAGGAGAUGUGCGCCAACCUUUCGCGCAAGCCGGCGAGGCGAGACAGGUUCUCGCGGACGCAGAGCAGGAGCUGCAAAGAUGGGAACCUCAUCUUGAGCCGAUCCACUCCAACGCUGGAGGCCUGGGAGCAAACCUGAUGCCCAUGGACGACCGCAGCACUCGAGCCACUUCCGAGGCCCCUGAUCCAAUAGCAACUCCUGUGCCAACGGAGAAGCCGGCGGCAGAGGCCCAAGGAACGCAUUUGGAGCAAGCAACCGCUUAG